AUGGUGUCGUGCACUGACGAUGUCCUUCGCACGACGGACGUAGCUCAGCAGGAAUUCAUCGGGGUCGCAGUGCAGUGCGCCGAGGACCUAUUCACCCAAAUCUACAACCACAACCCCAAGGUAGCCAACCCACAGCCGUCGGUGGAACCAAAUCAUGAAUUACUUUACGAACUCCUCGAUAGCCUAAAGAGGAGGUUCUGCUACUAUUCUUGGGUGAAUAUUCGCCCAAACUGGUACUCCAGGGAAAUUGGGCAUCUAUACAGUUUUAAUUUUGUAGUCGGAAGUCUCAUGCUGUGGAUACCAGAGAUUCCUUUAUCACACAACUCUCCAAAAUGUCUUUGUAUGGAGUUUAUAAGAGAUCAAUGA